AUGGCUACCAACGGGGAUGACUCUAAGGAGCUAUGGCGACACUCGUCUCCUCAUACCACUCAAAUCCAUGACUUCAUCAAGACCGUCAACAGGGAGCAUGUCCUGUCGCUGGAAUCAUACAACGAUCUCUGGGAGUGGAGCAUAGCAGAGCCAGCCAAGUUCUGGGAGCAAGUCUGGAAUUACACUGCCAUUGUGGCUCAUCAGCCUUACAGCCGCGCCUUGAGUUCAGAACAGCUUCUCUUCCCACGACCUAAAUUCUUCGACGGAAGCAAGCUGAACUUCGCUGAGAAUCUUCUUUACCCAGCCUCGUCCCCUGACGAGGAUGCGGUGGCUGUCAUUGCCGCCACGGAAUCGGAUCGCGAAUACGUGUCCUGGAAGGAGCUGCGAAAUCGGGUCAGAGAAUGUGCCAACGCACUCAAAGAAGCGGGCUUGCAGGUAGGAGACCGCGUCGCUGGGUUUCUGGGAAAUCACACAAACACCGUCGUGGCGAUGCUCGCAACAACAUCGAUUGGUGCCUUCUGGACAGGUGUCUCUCCAGAUACCGGAGUGCACGCGGUGUUGGAACGCCUAAAGCAGAUUGAACCGAAGAUCUUGUUUGCCGACAAUGCAUCGCUGUACAAUGGGAAAGUUCACGGCGCAGAUGCGAAGCUGCGCGAGAUUGUUCCUGGUUUGCCCAAGCUCGAGCUUCUGGUCGUGUUCCGUACCGUCGAUUCUUUCGAAUUCAAGCUGGAAGAAGUAAAACCGCUGCAAGGCAAGGUUGCUUCUUACGAUUCUUUCCUUGCCAAUGUCAAAGAUGCUGCGGCCCCUCUGAACUUCGCGAGUCUGGAGCCGGAUCAUCCAGUCUACAUACUAUAUUCGUCCGGCACAACGGGAGCACCGAAGCCUAUUGUACACGGUGCUCUGGGAACGCUUCUCCAACAUAAGAAAGAGCAUGUUCUUCACUGUGAUAUACGUCCCGGAGACCGAGUGUUCUACUUCACAACCACGACCUGGAUGAUGUGGCACUGGCUUGUUUCUGGCUUGGCCAGCGGCGCCACCAUAGUCCUCUACGAUGGCUCGCCAUUUCGACCGUUCGAUGCUGAAGGUGGCACUGGGGAGAUGGCCAUGCCGCGUCUGAUAGAUGAACUGCAAAUUAGUCACUUUGGCACAUCGGCCAAGUAUCUGUCCAUCUUGGAGCAGGCAUCUCUAAACCCCACCAAGCACCCUCAUCGGCCGGUGAGCCUGCAGACAUUGAAAGCCAUCUACAGCACGGGCUCGCCGCUAGCUCCGUCUACUUUUGAAUACGUGUACACAAAUAUCAAGGCAGACAUUAUGCUGGGCUCAAUUACCGGAGGAACCGAUAUCCUGUCGCUCUUCUGUGGCAGCUGCCCCAUUCUUCCCGUCUACAAGGGCGAAAUUCAGUGCCGCUGCUUGGGCAUGGCUGUUUCAGUCUAUGACUAUGCCGGCAACGACAUCAGCGCCUCUGGCGAACCAGGCGACCUUGUCUGCACCAGGCCCUUCCCCGCACAACCAGUGAUGUUCUGGCCUCCAGGCCCCAUAGGGGCGGAGAAAUAUCGCAAGAGCUACUUCGAUGUGUUCGGUCCAUCGAUAUGGCACCACGGCGAUUUCGUGCGUGUGAACCCACAGACUGGAGGAGUGGCCAUGCUGGGUCGCAGUGACGGCGUCCUGAAACCGGCUGGAGUCCGCUUCGGAAGUGCAGAGAUUUACAACAUUCUGCUCAAACAUUUUGCAGAAGAGGUGGAGGACUCUCUCUGCAUAGGACGAAGACGUGAUGGGAUUGACACCGACGAGACAGUCGUUCUUUUUGUCAAAUUGCUGCCGCCUGGGGCGGCUUACGAGGUCAUAUCGGCGGAUCUUGCGGCUCGCAUUCAGGCGACAAUCCGCAAAGAGCUCAGUCCUCGCCACGUACCGGGAAUCGUGGCCGUGUGCCCUGAGAUUCCCGUGACGUCCAACGGUAAGAAGGUCGAGAACGCGGUAAAACAGAUCCUAUGCGGGUUGAACAUCAAGAUCGGUGCGAGUGUCGCGAAUGCCUCUUGCCUGGACUGGUACCGCACCUGGGCGACAGCGAACACCUAG